CACUGAGUGCAGCAUAAGCAAAAGUGUCAGUGGAAAAAGAUGGCAACCGCUGUUGCUGCUGGAAUUUUCAACUAAUCUCGGAAAAACGGUAGUUUUCCGAGGAUUAGAAGUGGAAUUUAGUAAAUAUUCUGCAAAUUUUAGAUGGGAAUACGAUUCGCGCAAGCCGUACGUCUGCAUCAACUAUCCUAAUCCACGCGGAGAUGUCCACCGGUAGUAACGGGGAACAGUUUCUAAUGCCAAACUCAUUGUCCUCGGCAUCCUCCAUAGCACAAUCCCAGUUGUACCGGCAUCCGGGAGCGAUGGUCGACAAUGCGGUCCUAUCGAUAAAGUCGGCGGCAGCAUCGGCUAUCGCUGUACCGGGUACCGACGUGUACCAUUACAAAGAGCCCGGCGACCGGCAAACCAAGCAGCAAAUUAUCAUACAGGAGUUCCUUAACAGUAGUCACACGGGAUCAUACGGGAUCAACCACCACCAGCAGCAGCAAAUUCAUCCGCCGACAGGCAGCGGAAAUGGAAGCCCCUCGAGCACCAUGAACAACAACAGUUCCAUAAUGAUAUUGACAUCCCACCAGAAUAGUUCGCCACCGGCCAGCGGUUUGGAUGCGAACAAACGGUCCACCGUGGUACUGGAUCGGAUUAACAUUUGUAUUAAUAAUCAUUUCAAUGAACCGACUCCGAUGACCGGUUCGGAAGGUGGCGGUACGAAUUCACUAAAACCGGCCAGCAGCGAGAAGCGAUCCAGUACCGAUUUGGAACCCGAUUCGACAACGUCUUCGUUAGGGCAACUGCCAGUGACGCCGGAGAAAAAUAGAACAGAGUUCAAACUGCAAGAGGACGUUCUGGUGGAACACAAGGAUGGUCGGUUCUAUUUGGGUACCAUCAUUGCCAUCGGCAACAGUCAAUGUUUGGUACGGUUCAACGACAAUACAGAGUGUUGGUCCGAUUUUCGAGAAUUGACGAAAUUGAGCUGUAACGAGACGGACGAUUCACCGGCUUGUGUCGUUUGUAAGCAGCAUAGCUCCCCGGAGAAUGUGGAAGUGUGCGAGAAUUGCGGUCGUGGUUAUCACAUCAAGUGUAUGGAUGGGAACUUCGAACGCAAUGGCUAUUGGUUCUGUCGGAUGUGUACAUCGCCGAACGGUAAAAGAAAAGAUAUCCGUUAUGUCUGCUCAGGAGUUUUAUCGGAAUCAUUGGAUCCAUUGACGGAUAAAUCACAGCUACCCUACAAUAUCGACUCGCUCACUUGGGACGCUCAGCAUCUGACAAACACCGAACAGCACUACUGCUACUGUGGCGACGAUGGCAACUGGCUGAGGGAAAUGAUUCAGUGUUGCCGCUGUCAGCAGUGGUAUCAUGGGCGGUGCAUCCGCAGUCUGCAGUAUCCGAUAUUCCUGGGCGAUCGGUUCUAUUUCUUCAUAUGUUCGAUCUGCAACCACGGCCACGAGUUCGUGCGGCGGCUGGAGAUCAGUUGGCCGGAUCUGAUCCACCUGGCGCUGUACAAUCUGAUAGCGCGCAACGGCAAACGGUUCUACGAUGUGACGAAAGCGAUCGCGUCGUACGUGGAGGACAACUGGAAGACGCUGCAGAUGCCCGAACACAUGGUGAAACUUUCACCCAACGCUAGGAAGGAAAUCUUCACGCAAACACUGACCAAUGAUAGGAUGCGCUUCAAGUGUGCCAACGAGGGGAGCACUUUGUGGAGCUUGCGAAUACCUCAACCACCGAGUCCGCCAAAUGUGUUUCUUCUGCCGGGACAAAUCAUUACCGAGCACAUUCUGACACAGAUGUCCAAAGAGAACCGGGUUUACCGAUUCCUACCGAGAGUGGCCCUGGAGAAAUCCUUCGUGAACGACGCCGUUAGUCGGGAAAAAAUGACCGGCGUCAAUUACUGUUCCCCGCUAGUAUCGGAAGAUGACGUUUCGGAAAUGUCGGAUGGCACAAAUCCUGAGGAAAAUAGUUCCGAGUUCGAAGCUGCGACCGGUGCUGGCAUCGGUGAGCAGCUUCCAACACCGCGUGGUGAGGGUUUCGAACUGUCCACCGUCGCUGAUCCUGCCCGGCUGAACAGUGUUGCAAUAUAUGCCAGUACAGGGAAAAAUUCUAGUUCAAGUUUAAGCGAUUCGCUGUUUAGCUCUAACGCCAAGGAUGGGUUUCAGUUCGGGCCCUGCGUGGGGGGUGCCGGUUCGAAGCCGCAAAGCGAAACGGGCAGUACUGUCAGCGGUUCUGGCAAUCGCAGAGCCUUCAAGUCGCGUCCGAAAAAGACCGAAAGUGAUAAAUCACUCGACAUCUACGACUCAUCGGAUGAUACCUCAAGGAACACCUUGAUCAUACCUCAUCCCAAAGAUUUCAGCGGGAAAAACAAUCCCUUCUAUCAGCCUGCAGCGGCAGCAGCCGCCAUCACGGGCAGUACCGCCGCCGGUACGGGGAUAACAAAAAGCAACGAAACAAAAGACUUAACGCAAAAGGCUAGUACCAGUAAUCCUAAUCAUAUAAGUAAUAAUCUAGUGAGUGGAGAAUUGCGUGUGGCACGGAUUGUCAAGCGUAGGCUUAGUGCGCGAGACAUUAUAAACGGAUCAAAGUACAAACGUAGGAAGUUCCGGAAUUGUUCGGUAAUCGGUACUACACUAACAACCAUUCCCACAUCAUCCACGGCCGUUCCCGUGCUCGGUCAAUCGUCAACGCUGAUUGCGUCGCUUUUCUCGCAACCGGUAGAUAGCAGCGGCUGGACAAGUCAAGUAGCACACAGCCAACUGCUGCCGUCUUCUUCCUCGUCGGGGAGCAGCACACCGCCAAGCUGUUCGCAUUCCACUAACAUACAGCCAAAUAUGAUGGUUCCUCAACAGACGGCUGCCUUGGCCCUUCCAAUCGCACCAUCAACUGCCAACUCAUCUUCAUCGUCUUCAGCCGCCAGCCUCCAGAUGGUGCCAAACACGCAAUCAUCAUCCAAACGUAUCCCUGCCCAUGGCCGUAGGCUUCGGCAGCGCCAGGAGCGCAACUAUGCCGAAUCAAGCAGACGUUCCAGUGUCGCCUUUCCCGGGGUGACGACGAUGGCACCGGAUCCACUUAACCAGGCAAUCAGCGAACCUGCUUCACCCUGCAAAACAUCUGGACCUCUGAUUGGGCCGACCCCAGCCGAAUCCAACGGGACCGAUCUGCAAUCGUCGUUGAAUCUGUACUUCGGUGCCGCCCACCGCAUCCUCAGCGGCGAAAAGUUCGCCAUCAAGGGCAAACGAGUGUCGCUGUCCGGUAAGGUGCAGUAUCUGAUCGAGUGGGAAGGCUGCCCGGCUCCUGUAAUGUAAGUUUUGUCGCGUCAUUAUGUCUUCGUGCUGUGUGUGCUGGUAUUUUGUGAGUGGAAAACUAAUUCAGGUGUAGCAGAUGGGGUGUCUGAAUUUUAAUCGAAUUGUUUUUAUGGUGUUUUAUGGGCGCAUACUGUUUCGGUGUAUUUCAAUUCUAGUGAAUAAUUUUUUUAUUUCGUUCAUUCCUCUCCAUCUUAGUUCAAGAAUUCAACACGUUCUGCCAUACAUUGUACUCAUGGAAAUCGUUUUUAAACGAUCAUCGUUACACAAUAAAUCAAAUGAAUUCGAUUUGAUUUGAUUUGCGAAAGCGGAAGCUUCAACGUCCCACAUGACUGAUGCCUCGUGAAAUGCCGCGUGCGUGCUUCUCUGGUACAUAAAGAUUGCACCAACAGAAAAAAAUGAUCACCAAAAUUAACAGUUGGUUUAUUCAACCUGCUCUCCUAGGACUAGGUAAACCAGUUUCCUCCCUAAAACUGCCCAUCAAAUCCUGUGCAACUCUUGCGCCAUUUAUCUAACACAGUUUUAUUCACUCCUUCUUCAAAUCCUAGUUCUAGGUUCCUUGGUUUCCGAAGUUUUCCUUUCAUAAUUGCCCAGAAUUCUUCUGCAAGGCGACAUUCUUGUGGGUUUAGUAGGUUUGCCUCCUUCGGUACGUGGUUGUUGGCCAGAUCCAGGCACAAAAAACAAAAUGUCUGCUUUGUGGGAUCGUGUGAGGAAAGGCAACAUACGAUUCGCGUUGUAUUCUUCUGUAUAUAUUUGGUCGUUGUUGGUGCCGGUCGUAAUGUAUGGAUUGCUAAAAUUACCGCAACCACGAAUCGCCUGUCACACCAAGUAAUUCUUGGAAAAUUUAUCGACCUUCUUCUUCCGGAACUGAAUUUAUUCGGAACAUCCAGGCGGGAUUUUUCGAAGAAAAACUUCAGGCCGGGGAUCGUCAUUUCAGCUGCAUCAACCACUCGCGGUACAUCUUCCUGGCGCAAGCUUUGGUCGUCGUAUUAUGUUCGUUGGUUCGGUUAGACUCCUUCUUUACCUUGAAGACAUGAACUCCAGCCGACUUCAUUUGCAAAAGCGGAAGAUUAAACGUUCGUAAUGGUAUUCGUUCCAGUCUUUGCGGUUUUCAAAAGGACCCGCAUCCUCGUGAAAUGCCUCGUGCAUGCAUCUCUGGUACGUAAGGAACCAUUUGGAUGAAUCCGACAUGGUUCGGAUUUUGCCUGGAAUAAUCCCUCAUUUUUCUUGCGUACACAAGGUUGCAUUUCUUUGCAUUUGUUCCGCUGCCAGCUUGCUGGGGAGUCAUUUGGAUCUCGUUGAUUUUCCACAAUAGCGCACAAUUUUUUCUGGCUUGGAACUUGGUCGGGUAAGAAAUUUCCUAAACUGGAACCCGAUUUGUACUCGAUAAAAAAUUAAAAUUUUCGCCCGUACCUGACCUGAACCCGAAAAAGUUCGUAUAUUCGGGUUCGAAUACAUGAAACUCGACCAAAUAGUUUAACCCGAACCCGUCCUGUUCCCAACAAACGUUUUUUUUUUCUAUACCCGAACCCGUCGGGUUCGGAUUCAGGUCGGUUGACGGGUAUUUGUACCCGAAUUUGUCUCUACUUGGAAUCCAUCGCGUUAACCACUUGACAGAUGUAGCGAAAUUUCGCACCUGUAAACAUUACACACUAAAUUAGUUUCAAAAUUUCAUCAAUUUUUACUUAAGUUUAGAAUUUACAUUUGCUCGCUUCAAUUGGGAUUAGCUCGGCAAUCUUGUAUUGAUGUAGGGUUAUCUAAAAUUUGUAAAAAUAUAAUAAUAUAUUUUAAACGUUUUCAUUGAAAUCUUUGUACUAUCUAAUUUAGUUUAACAUCGAUGUUGGUUUCAAUCAAAUAUUCGAUUCAAUUGAUGUUUUUUUCAUAGUGAGACUUGUUCGCGACAAAAUCUGGUCGGAUUAAAUUUGACAAAAAAACAAAUUUGCUGUCAGUUCAAUACAAUUUUUAAAUAAUUUAUUUGUGCAUUAUCAGUAAUCUUAAAACUGAUUACAGUUACUUAAUUAGACUGCUCGACGAAACUACCAACUUAUGAGUUUACUUCGGCCAUUAGGGUUUGUGCAGACUUUUCUGUAACCGAUUUAGCUGCUUGUGUCCAAAAUUUUUGAAAUGUUUCUACCGUUGUGGCUCGUUCAUAUUGGGAGUGUUCUCUCUUCACGAGAGCCCAAUACCGCUCAAUAGUUAGAGAGUUCCGGAAAGUUGGAGAGAUUCACCUUGGAGUCCAUUCGCUUUAUAUCAUUCCAAAAAAUAUUUGUCGUAGUGACAAGAUACCAAAUCAGGCCAGUAAAGCGAGGGAGCGUCAUAGCUGUGUAGGAACGGUAGCAAUCGCUUCUUUAGACAUUCUUUACGGUAUACUACAUUGAUCAAAAAGUUUUCGCAAUUUAUUCAGAAAAUUAAAAAUAUAAUUCUCCAAACAUUUUUUAUAUUUUUUUUCCAUAAUCUCAUCGGUCUUAAAAAAAAACGUCUUUUGCGACGUCAACGCGGUUUCUUUUUUGCAUGAAAUUCAGGUCUUUCGGCACCAGCUUUGCAGCGACACGUCUGAGGCCCAAAUCAUCAACCAAAAUGUCUUGAACGGAUCCAAAAGCACUGUCCAACUCCUCUGCCAUCUCUCUAAUAGUCAAUUUGCGGUCUACAGUCAUUCAUUAUUUGAUUUUUUUUUUAUGUUUUCGUCAGUUUUCGAUGUCGAUGGCCUACCACUUCUCUCACCAUCAUUCACAGACUCACGGCCAUUUCUGAAACGUUCGUGCCACUGAUAAACGACUGUUUUCUUCAGAGUAUCGUUGCCGAAACAGUCUUCUCAUAUUUGCAAUAUUGUCGCACCAUUGAAUCCGUUUUUAAUGCAAACCCGUUGUUGUAAAUUCAAUUCCAUGUUGAAAAUUGUACAAAAUCGAGGACACGCACAAUUUCAGAUGUACUCAAUACAGCGUAACUUUUCACAAAUGUCCAUGGGGUUGUUCGAACCAUUGAUGUGGAACAAGGCAACCAAAAUUUCGAAUGAUCGACAUUUUCAAUCAAACAGCUCAAUCAAUCGUCACAUUUUUGAAUUUGGCUUAGAUUGAUUUUUAUUAGGAACCAACACCGAACACGCGAGCCCAGAAUAUAGACUCUUUUGGUUUUGAUUUGUAUUUGUUUUGUAGCCGACGAAAUUACAUCAAUAAUGUAUGCAAUUAUAUCUUUUUACAUAUUUGCGAUGCGGAUUUCGAUAUUUAAGCUUCUCUGCGAUUUCGAUUGAAGCGAUAAAUUUUUUCUCAAUAUUAAACGAGUUCAUGUUAUAUAAAUUAAAAAUUCAUCUUCUUCUCAGAUGAAAACGACAUACCAUGGAAUUUCAUCCAAACUCGCACGACACAAGCUUCAAAUCGUUUUAUAGCGCUUUGUGUUUUGCUGUCUAGCAACAACCUACCUCUGGCAUGCUACACGUAGGACUGAAACGUUAGCUAUAAUUUCGUUGAUAAUUAUAGAUUCGCGUGCUUCCAACAGCUUCGCUUUUACAUCGGUUGACCAAUCAGAGCGAUGCUUUUCCAUUGAUAUAUCGCUUACUCCUUAAAAACCGUCGUCUACGUUACGGAAAUCCCGUAAGCCGGAGAUUUUUAGCAGGCAAAAUAGGACACUGCUAGCUAUUGAUCAACAUUCCAGUAAUAUAUAAUUGAAAAUACAUGGCUAUGAACAUUCAAAUCAAUACGUAGAAAUAUUUCCAAUCAACUGAUGAAAUAAUAUUACUGAUUGAAACUAAACUGACUGAGCUGUAAGUGUUCAAAAGCUGAGACCACAUUUCUACUUGUAUUUUCCCUUGAAUUUCUAAUUUGCAUCCCUAUAUAGAAAACAAAAAUGUGUUCCUAAUAAAAAAAAAACAAAUCUAAUCGGGUGCCUGAAAGCAGCAUACGGUGGUUAUUCCGGGAACUUUUUGAUCAAGUUGAUUUACCAUCGGAGACUUAAUUUUGUGACCUUGAUGCAAGCGUCUACAAAGUGCGUGCCUCAUCCGAGAAGAUGAUUUUUUGGCAAAAAUCGGCGUCUGAAGACAAAAUAAAACUGCACUAUUUUCACGCGUUCCUCAAGCGUAUACACAACCAUUUUCGUUCAGCGGAAGGAUAAAACUAAGUUUCUGUGAAAUCAGAAGUGACAUUAAGGUUACCAAUGUCGAAAUAACCGCUGGUUCAAAAAAAAUGUUAGAUGGUGGACCCUGUAUGUAAAAUAUCGAUAACGUAUGCUUUUAUGAAUGAAUUAUUUUAGGUUGGCGAUGAAAACAAAGUGAAACAAGUUUUAAAUUUGAUCAGUAUCUAACAGAUUGAAAAAAUGACAUGUGACACGUAACUACGUAAUGAAAACCGCGAAAAUGUUACCGCAGAGACGGGAAAUCGAACUCGUAGCUAGCUCCUAACCAGGGGAAUUGUUUUGCAACAAUAAAUCUCUGCAUAUGAAAACACAUUCAGAGAAAGCUCAAUUGACUAGAAGAACCAAGCAUGUUUCGCUUUACUUGGCCACCACAGUGUUCAAUCAUAGUCCUGUUUCUAUGGAAACACAGUCAACAGAAAACAAACACACAUCGCGUCUCAAAUCUAUCCUCACUAGCCUGCUUUGCCGAAACCAAACAUACUUGUUUUUUCUAUUCAAUUGAGCUUUCUCCUCUUGUAUUGUCAAAUGCAGGUAGUUUGAUUGACGAAACAAUUUCCCCGGUUAGGAGUUAGCUACGGGUUCGAGUUCCGUCUCUGCGGUAACAUUUUCGCGAUUUCCAUUACAUAAUUGCAUUCACAUGCCCUUUUUCCAAUCUGUUUUCACCGUUAGAUACUGAUCAAAUUUUAGAACUAGUUCAAGACGGCUCUACAUCUUAACAAGACUAAAAAAAAUUGUUAAAAAUGAAACUAAUUUUUCUUAAAUUCUGCUACGAAAAUACUUCGACGCCAUAUCGAAGGGGCCCGGUUCUACGGCAGUUGCCCUGCAUUCUGGGCCGAUAAAAAUCCUACCAUUGUAGAGCCCAUUUAGUCACCGUAGAUUCGAACUCGGAAUGGGAGACUGACAUUGUUAUCGUUCAAAUCCCUUCACCCCAUGUAUUUUGUCUUCGAAACGUUAACGGCAAGUCCGAUCCUGCAGGUUUCCGCUUUCAGUCUGAUGUUUGUUUCCGAUAUCGCCUCAAAGUUCGUGAAUGUCGGCAACUUAACUCGAUUAACCCGAUUGGCAAUAAAUAACUUUCGUUACAUGAUUUAACAUAUUUUAUUACCGAAAAUUGUCUGGAAUUUUAUUCUUUAAGAGAAUGGUAUUUCAAGUUGCAAAUUUCGAUACGGUAACCCGUUUUGCAAUAUAAAAUAUGAUAGUUUGUUGCAAAUCAGCACUUGAAUGCUAUUAGUCAUGGAUGGCAGCGACGUGUUUUUUUGUUGUUGUUUUGCAUGGAUCCUUUUCUCAGUUGUUUUCUGACACAGAUUCAUCGAAAAGAAAUUGCUUCGAUCGCGCCCAGCACCAGCAGAACACUGAUAGUCGCAAACUUUGAUUCGACCGAUAUCCUCAUAGUAGAUAAUUACGAUAAAUAACUAGAGGAACAACAACAACAAGAAGAAUUAAGGGUAUUUUUGUACGUCAUUUUAAGAUUGUGUGAGCCGUAAACUCAUCAAACAUAUAUAAACCAAUAGUGUUUCAUAAGCGUAAAACCGUAAAUGUAUUCGGAAAUGGAUUGUGCAAAGUAAGUAAGUAAGGCCCGGUGAAGUAAAAGAAGAUUUUAAGCUGAUAAACUGCCAAAAGUUCUAGUAAAUCUAAUCAAAGAGCUAAUAUAUGGUUAUAUCAAAGGAAUCAUUUCACAAUUCUGAUUGCUCUUUCCUACUUCUAAACUUGAUUUUUUCGUGUUUCGACUGUACCUAGUUUAUGUUGGCUGACUAAAGACGAGAGAGGGAGAGAGAGAGAAUGAGAACAAUCAAUGCAAUUAGGUCUAUUAUUUUGUUAGUCCCUUCCGAACUGAAUCGUUCUUGCCCCUUCGAUGUAGGCAAUUGAAUUAAUCGCAACAAACCGCAACCGAACACUGCCGAGAUAACUGUGUGAUAACUGUAAUGCGAACUGUAACUGUCCUAAUUUGGGGAGUUUAGAAAGAAUGGAUGUACGAACCGUAAAAUAAGCUACUCCUCACACAAAAAAAUAUGUAUGCCUCCUUUCGGUAACUAGUAAAUGUUUAUCAAACUAAAUUCAAACCUAUCAAUUCGCACUACGAAAAUGCCUAGGAAGUAAAUUUUGUGACGGUCGUACUAAAGAAGAAGAAUAAGAAACAAAAAAACGUUAAAUUAAAACGUCAAACAACACUGUCGAAGAAAACACCCGUUUAUGAUUCGAAACCUCGAACUCGAUUCUACUAGUACUGCUUUAGAUGAGACGGCGGGGUUUAUCAAACGUGUGUUCGCGGAUAGCAGAACUGAGAACGGUAUUCUUUCCUCUGAACGAUGAACAGAUAAUAAAAAAAAACGGCCUGAUGCCAAGCACUGAUAAAACUAGAUUAGUUCUUCAAGUUACGAGUAUCCUACGUAAUGUUUAAGUUCUAAACUUAAAUCGUUAGUUUGAAAUCCAAUAAUUUGUAAAUUUUUGUUAAAAGUUAUACGAAGCAAAUUUUGUUGACUCUAAGUUAUAGAGUGCACCUUUAGUAUCUAAGUUAACGAAAGAAGAAAAAAGAAAAUGUAGCGAAGCAAAAAGCACACUAUUUAAGUUCAAUUAUUUAGCGAAGUAACAGAGGAAACUGAUAAAAAUCGUAUUUUUUUUAAAUCGAUUCUAUUAGAUGUGUAACACUACUAGCUCUAAAUUACCUAAUCAAACAAUAAACACAAAUCGAACGAUCCUCAGCCCCGAGCGAGCAUCGAUAAACUGUAAAGCAAGAAAGCAUAUAUUUGAGUGUAUUGAAGAUUAUCAUUGAUUAUCGAGUGAGUGGAUCACGGUACACUCUAGUCCUCUUCUAGCUGUGUCCUCUUCGGCUCCGAGCUAGGGCUAGUUCUAAAAUAAAGUGGGAAACGCAAUCACGCAAUCCUCCUC